CUAGUCCCACCUCCCGGGGGCGGGGCGAAGGCGGAGCUGGCAGAAGGGAGAGGACGGGCGCCGGGCCGGCUGUGGUCCGUGCGGAGGCUGAGCCGGCCGCGGGCGCGACCGGAGGCAGUCAUUGCUAUUCUGCUUUUAUGACUUGGAGAUAUUGGCUUCGGUUCUUUAGAUUCUUCAGCAAUCCUGGAGACACAGCUUGCCAAGCAAUCCGACCCUCAUGGCUUUACAUCUAGCUUGCCUACAAGGACAGAAGGCAUGUGCAAGAAGAUGCAAGCAUCUGUUUCUUGUUACUCAAUUUCUUGUUGUGUAAAUCAGUAAGCUGCCAUUUUUCUUGCGUAUCUGUCUCUUGUGAACUUUCUGAGAACAAAGCAGCUUCCAGAAUUUGACUGCCCCGAGGUGCUGACAGCUGCAGGCCAGACCUCGCCCCCUGGCCUACCCAGCCAAUCAGCUGCCUUCCAGAGCCACACCCUGAAUUCAUGUUUCUGUUGCUAUGGCAAUGACGGCAGGGACUACAGCCACCUUCCCCAUGAGCAACCAUACCCGGGAGAGAGUGACUGUGGCCAAGCUCACGUUGGAGAACUUUUACAGCAACCUAAUUUUACAGCAUGAAGAGAGAGAAACCAGGCAGAAGAAAUUAGAAGUGGCCAUGGAAGAAGAAGGAUUAGCAGAUGAAGAGAAAAAGUUACGCCGAUCACAACAUGCCCGCAAGGAAACAGAGUUCUUACGACUCAAGAGGACCAGACUUGGCUUGGACGACUUUGAGUCUCUGAAAGUUAUAGGAAGAGGAGCAUUUGGAGAGGUGCGGCUGGUCCAGAAGAAGGACACAGGCCAUAUCUAUGCAAUGAAGAUACUGAGAAAAGCUGAUAUGCUUGAAAAAGAGCAGGUGGCUCAUAUUCGAGCAGAAAGAGAUAUUUUGGUAGAAGCAGAUGGUGCCUGGGUGGUGAAGAUGUUUUACAGUUUUCAAGAUAAGAGGAACCUUUAUCUUAUCAUGGAGUUUCUCCCUGGAGGUGACAUGAUGACAUUGCUAAUGAAGAAAGAUACCUUGACGGAAGAGGAAACACAGUUCUACAUUUCAGAGACUGUUCUGGCAAUAGAUGCGAUCCACCAGUUGGGUUUUAUUCAUCGGGAUAUUAAACCAGACAACCUUUUGUUGGAUGCGAAGGGUCAUGUAAAAUUAUCUGAUUUUGGUUUAUGCACGGGAUUAAAGAAAGCUCAUAGAACUGAAUUCUACAGAAACCUUACACACAACCCACCAAGUGACUUCUCAUUUCAGAAUAUGAACUCCAAGAGGAAAGCAGAAACAUGGAAGAAGAAUCGAAGACAACUGGCAUAUUCCACAGUUGGGACGCCAGAUUACAUUGCUCCAGAGGUGUUCAUGCAGACUGGUUACAACAAAUUGUGUGACUGGUGGUCUUUGGGAGUGAUUAUGUAUGAAAUGCUAAUAGGGUAUCCACCUUUCUGUUCUGAAACACCUCAAGAAACAUACAGAAAAGUGAUGAACUGGAAAGAAACUCUGGUAUUUCCUCCAGAGGUGCCUAUAUCUGAAAAAGCCAAGGAUUUAAUUCUUAGAUUUUGUAUUGAUUCUGAAAACAGAAUUGGAAAUAGUGGAGUAGAAGAAAUAAAAGGUCAUCCCUUUUUUGAAGGUGUAGACUGGGGGCACAUCAGGGAAAGGCCAGCAGCAAUUCCUAUAGAAAUCAAAAGCAUUGAUGAUACUUCAAAUUUUGAUGACUUUCCUGAAUCUGAUAUUUUACAACCAGUGCCAAACACCACAGAACCGGACUACAAAUCCAAAGACUGGGUUUUCCUCAAUUAUACAUAUAAGAGGUUUGAAGGGUUGACUCAGCGUGGCUCUAUCCCCACCUACAUGAAACCUGGGAAAUUAUGAGUGAAGAUCACAUACGCCCACAACCAAGAGAACUCAGGUAGCUGCAUCACCAGGCUUGCUUGGCGUAGGUAACAACGCACUGAAACACUCCUGAAGACGGUGGUGCUUAUGCCUACAAGAGGAAAUUCUACAGGAUUAGGAUUUCUAAGACUACUAUAGGAAUUGGUUGGCAGUGCCAGCUGGCUUUUUUUUUUAAUAUUUUGUUAUUUUUGUUAACUUUAUUAUACGAAGGUACUGGAAUAAAAGAAAUGUACAUCCCUUUCUAACUGCACUGCCUACAUGCGUUUUAAGGUCCAUUCUGCCUAUGUGUGCUGUGGCUUUGUACUGUAACACCUUUAAUCAAUUCAGGAGAAACAUAUCAUUUAAAGCAACAUAGGCUAACCUGUAGGUAACACUGCAGUACUGCUGUUUCACUGCAAAUUUGAUGGGUCUAGAUAAUCAAUAAAAGCCAUCUUCCAUAGUUGGUGUCAGAACA